UGCAAUCCCAGCAGCAGUGACAGGUCCCAGGUGCCACAGUGUCAGACCCAGCCUCUGCUGCACCUGCCCAGCCUUGCUCCUCGCUUUGCUGCAGGAACUGAGGCACUGGGCAAAUUAAUCCUUUCUCAUCCUUGCCAGCAGAUCAGCCCUCAGAUAGCCCAGGGUAGCUCCUCACCACUCAGGGAAUGACAUUCCAGUAUCUGCUCUCUUCCCACAACCCUUCUGCAGGAAGGGCAGACCAUCACGAAGGUUUACUGAACCAUCACUUUGUCUUUUUGGCCCUGGAAAAGUUCCCCAAACUGUAUCCAACUCAGGAGAGACUGACUGAAAAUACACAUAAAUACUGAGAUACACAGACAGAAACAAUUCUCAGUGCUGCAGUUUGGGGUUAAAAACCCCACAAGUAUAGGAAGAUCAGUUUGCAUGAGCAGAGCACUGUAAAAUGAAUCAGUGUUUGCUCACAGCUGGACACAGGAUCGUUCCAGAUUAUGAAGCUUUGCAAACAUUUUGACAAAUAUGGUCUGAACUUUCAGUUUAUGACUAAACCUAAAACCAGACAUUCUUCAUCUGUUCCUCCACAAAACUCUAGUGCAGGGUUUGUAAAUUCCUCUGGACUCUCAACUACAACCAGGGGCCACCAGCUGGAGUUUCAGUUUUGCUGUCACCUCACCCCCAGCACGGUGUCAGAUCUUUUCUCAUGCUUUCCCAAACCAACCAACCAACCAAAAAAAGAAAGAUUUCCCCAACUUUCCUAAUGUGCAAAUUUAUUUUUAAUAGUGCUUGGAAAAUAUCCAAAGAUCCAGAAUUCAUUCUGAAUGAAUCUUCAAAUCUGCCAACUAAGGUGUAACUAAAACAAACACCACGAGAUUCUCAGAACCCAGAAUUUCAUUCAAGAACAUCAAAAUUAAUGAGGAUGAACUACAUUGGGAAAUCCUGAUUUCAGAUGGGUUUUAAACAUGAGACAUGCAGGAAAGCAGGGUUUCAGAGCUAUGAAAACACAAGCAAAGGAAAAGCCACUGAUGUCACAGCCGCAGCCCCCACAUGCCUCUCCCAGGAACAGGAAAGGGCUCUGGGCUGCUCCCCGAGCACGCACUUCUCCCCGUCACUGCCCUUUUGGGUCCCUUCACGUGAUGCAUCUUUGAAGGCUCAGUUCAAGUGCGUCAGUGACAGCUCUGGAACCCACAGCCACGUCGGCAGCGGGGCAGGUCGCACAGCUCGGCCGGGACAGCGGGCACGGGCACCCAGGGCUCUGCAGACCAUGCUCAGCACACCCCAGGCCACCAGCACAGGUCCUUGAUAUCUCCUGCCAGCAAAGCCAGCUCACACGAGGAGUUUACAAUGUCAAGCAACGCUUCUGAAUGUCAUCUCUAUGAACAAAUGGAACCUUUUACCUAUUUUUACUACUUGAUUUUUCUCGUGGGAAUUAUUGGAAGCUGUUUUGCACUGUGGGCGUUCACACAGAAGGACCAGAAACCAAGGUCUGUGAGCAUCUACUUGAUCAACCUCCUCACUGCAGACUUCCUGCUGACUUUGGCACUGCCAGUGAAGAUUAUUGUUGACCUGGGAAUUGCCCCCUGGAAUCUGAGGAUAUUCCACUGCCAAGUCACGGCCUGCUGCAUCUACAUAAACAUGUAUUUAUCAAUCAUAUUCCUGGGCUUCGUGAGCAUGGACCGCUGCCUGCGGCUGACGCACAGCUCCAAGGUGUUCCGCAUCCAGGAGCCCGGCUUUGCCAAGACGCUGUGCGCCGUGGUGUGGGCCAUGGUGCUGCUCAUCACCGUGCCCAACAUGGCCAUUCCCAUCCGACACGUGGAGGAGAGGCCCGGCGUGGGCUGCAUCGACUUCAAAACCAAACUGGGGCGCGACUGGCACGUGUUCACCAACUUCAUCUGCACGGCGAUCUUCCUCAACUUCUCGGCGCUGAUGCUGGUGUCCAACGCGCUGCUGGGCCGGCAGCUGUGGCGGCGCUGGCACGGCCAGGGCAGCGCUCGGGCGCGCCGGGCGCUGGCACAGGUGCUGCUGGUGACGGGCGCGCACCUGCUGUGCUUCGUGCCCUACCACGCCGUGCGCAUCCCCUACACGCUGAGCCAGGGCAGCGCGGGCACCGCCUGCGCCCUGCGCCGCGCGCUCUUCGCCGCCAAGGAGGGCACGCUGCUGCUCGCCGUGUCCAACCUCUGCUUCGACCCCAUCCUCUACUACCACCUCUCCAGGUCCUUCCGGGCCAAGUUCACCGAGGCGUUUGCGGCCCCCAGGGAGAUGAAGGCGCUCAUGGCCCCGGAGGGGCAGCACAGCAGCGAGCAGCAGAGCUGCAGCCCUGCCCGCACAGCACCAGAGCAGAGCUGCAAGACCGGCAAGUUCAAGAGUCUCACCGACCAUUCUAAACCUUAA